GAACCUUGCCUCCGAUCACUAAACCUUCAUAACAUAACUUUUCAUUCUCUCAACCUUUUUCCCCUAACUCUCAACUUUCUGAAUUUUUCGUUUCUCUUCACCUUCAACAAGGGCACGCUUUUCAUUGCUAGCAAACGACAUCUUCACAGAAUCGUCUGUUUCUUUUAUCCUAAUUCAGUGUGAGCAAGCUAUUCUUGGAAACUAAGUGCUUUGGAUGAUUUGAAGUUAUUGGGUAUAACAUGUCUGAGAAUCCAGUACAGGCCUUAUUUCAUAACUUCGAGCAAGUCGCAAAUUUUGUUCAACAUCAUGUAUCUAAUUUUAUAGGCAAUCUCCAAUCAUCAGGACCAUCUGGUAGAGGCUCCGUCAAUGCCUCCAUCAAAGUUCCAUUUGCAAAAACUACAUCUUCUGUACAACCUAUUGAUGCUGUUCUCAAGGGUAAAUCAUCUUCCCCAGUGACUAAAGAAGAGCUUGGAAGGUCAACAUGGACCUUUCUUCACACUCUUGCUGCUCAGUAUCCAGAUAAUCCGACAAGACAACAGAAGAAGGAUGUUAAAGAACUGGUACAGAUCUUGUCUCGAAUGUACCCUUGCAUGGAAUGUGCAGAUCACUUUAAAGAAGUUCUUAGAUCAAAUCCUGUUCAGGUUGGGUCACAUGCUGAAUUUUCGCAGUGGCUAUGUCAUGUGCAUAAUGUUGUCAAUAGAAGCAUUGGCAAACCAGUGUUCCCCUGUGAACGAGUUGAUGCAAGGUGGGGAAAACUGGAGUGUGAGCAGAAAGCGUGCGAAAUUAUUGGAAGCACAUCAAUUUUUGGGAAGAUAUAGUAGUUAUUUAUUUUAACAAAAUAAUAGGCAUUUAUACCAUACAAGCUACGUAUUAAAUUCGACCUAAGUUUUUUGCACCAGAGUAUGUAAGUAAAUUAUAUGUGCAAAGAUAAAAUUUCAAUCCAGGAUUUUAUUUGGAGGUCAAGAUGAGCGAUAUAGAUUAGUGUUUUUCAAAAUUAUUUUCUGUUUUCUAUGAUUAAUUGGAUGCAAUCAUACACAUAACUCUUGUUCUUGCAAUUCUCAAUAAAACUAUGUUUUUCUUGUUUA